GAACUUUUGAUUCCACUCUAAUCCAUGACCACCCUACUUUUAGGGAUUUUUACUUCCAAGUUAAAUCCUUCCAACACCUAAUCAAAAUCCUACAAACAUGUCUAAAUAUUUAAUCCACACUCAAAAUUUCAACUCAAUCUUCCAUUCUUCAUCAAAAGCAAGUUUGACCAAUUAGGCCCAACCCAUUUAUUUUGCUUUAUAAUGGUUGAAACAGAGAGAGAAGAACCAUUUGGCAUUUUUAAUCAUACAACCAAAGCCAUCCAUAAGAGUGAAUCACCAAAGACAUGGCAACAACAAGAACAUCAUCAGCACCAACAACAACAACCUUCAAGUUCCUCACUUCCAUCAUCUUCCUCUUCCUUAUCAUCAAAGGGUCUUGUGACUGUUCCUUGAACAACAUCAACAUAGGCACUGCAAGAACUGGUAGAGAAAUAGGAGGGCAACCAGAGUGGAACGUUACUGUGAUCAACAAUUGUUCUUGCCAACAGAGUGAGAUAAAGUUAUCAUGCAAAGGGUUUCAAAGCUCAGAAAGUAUUGACCCUUCAAUUCUUUCCAUGGAAGGUGAUAACUGUCUUCUUAUCAGUGGAAAUCCUUUGAAGGGUUUUGACACUGUUAACUUCUCCUAUGCCUGGGAUCUUCCAUUUAUCAUGUUCCCUUUAAGCUCUGUCAUAGGUCCUUGCACAUAGGGAAUACUUCAACACUCAUAACUCAAUAAGUUCCUCCUCUUUCUAAAAUUCAUCGUAUUAAAUUUCAUGUAUUCAAACAAAAUCUUAGUGUUUUUGAUCUAUAACAUUUAGUAAACCUGGUUCUUGGUAAUGUUGUUUUGGAAUAUUAGUUUUACCAGUAUAUAUAAUAACAUGUGAGCGUA